CGCAUGCGCGCGGGGAGGCCGGGCGGCUGGGAGCGAGGGAGGCGCGCAUGCGCUGUGGUCGCCAUGGGGCUGCCCGCCGUCCCGCCCGCGCUGAGGCCCCUGUGCAGACUGAGCCUGUUCCACCGGAGCCAGGUGAUUCUGCGCCAUGUGCAGCCAAGCGGCGCGAUCGGACGGGUUUCAGCGCAUGCGGGUCCGCGGGGGAUGUCCACGGCCGCGGAGGCGGGCGAGGUGCUGCUGGACAAGCGAGGCUGCGCCGGGGUGGUCACCCUCAACAGGCCCAAGGCGCUGAACGCCCUGAACCUCGGCAUGAUCCGCCACAUCCACCCCCAGCUGAAGCGAUGGGAAGAUGACCCGGAAACUUCCCUCAUCAUCAUCAAGGGAGCCGGAGGGAAGGCCUUCUGUGCCGGCGGCGACAUCAGAGCUGUCACGGAAGCCGGCAAGGCCAAGCAGAGCCUGGCUCAAGAUUUCUUCCGGGAGGAGUACAUGCUGAACCACGCCAUCGGCUCCUGUCGGAAGCCGUACGUAGCGCUCAUCGAUGGAAUCACCAUGGGCGGUGGCGUCGGCCUCUCCGUCCAUGGGCACUUCCGAGUGGCGACAGAGAAGACCCUUUUUGCUAUGCCGGAGACUGCGAUAGGGCUGUUCCCAGAUGUGGGUGGAGGCUACUUCCUGCCCCGGCUGCCGGGAAAGCUUGGCUAUUUCCUUGCCCUCACGGGCUUCCGGCUGAGAGGGAGAGAUGUGCUCAAGGGAGGAAUCGCCACACACUUCGUCCAUUCCGAGAAGUUGGCUUCACUGGAGAAGGAUUUGGUAGCAUUGAAAUCUCCAUCCAAAGAGCAGGUCGCCAGCAUCCUGGAUGAUUACCAUGCCCAGAGCCAAGCUGGGGGAGACCAGCCGUUCAUCCUGGAGCCACACAAGGACCAGAUCAACAGUCUGUUUUCAGCCGAGAGCGUGGAGCAGAUCAUCCAGAAUCUUCAUCGAGACGGCUCACCAUUUGCUCUUGAGCAGUUGAAGAUAAUUAAGAAGAUGUCACCCACAUCCCUAAAGAUGACUUUCAGACAGUUCAAAGAGGGAGCGUCAAAGGACUUGUCCGAAGUAUUGACCAUGGAGUACAGACUGAGUCAGGCUUGCAUGAGAGGCCAUGACUUCUACGAAGGGGUGCGUGCAGUGCUGAUCGACAAGGACCAGAACCCCAAAUGGAUGCCCGCCACCCUGGAGGACGUGACGGAAGAGUUUUUGGAUGGCUGCUUCCGGCCUUUGGGCGGUCUCGAUCUCAAGUUGGGCUGACAUCGCUGACCGCCCUCCCGCCUGCCGGCCUGUGGGGCUGUAUUGACUCGGUGCCCGCGCUGGGGCCUGGGAUGCGGGUGCUCUCGCCUGUCUCCGCCCGUCCCUCCCCCGGGGGAGCGCUCGCCUUGGUGGUGGGUGGUGGCUCACUUGCGUGCUACCCUGAAAGGAGAAUCGUGCCCGGGGUGUGACGAAUAAAAGCCCAAACGGUGGUGCGCCGCGA